CCGCCAUCUUCUUCAUUUGCUGAGCAAAAGCUUUCUGAAAAGCAUUGUUCUCUUCAAAUUUCUCCAAAUCGCUUGAAUCUCGUUUCUCUCUGUCAACAAUGGUUGUGGCACAGAAAUUGAAGGAAUCGGAGAUUACUGAGCAGGAUUCACUCCUUCUGACAAGGAACCUUCUGCGUAUUGCUAUAUUCAACAUUAGUUACAUCAGAGGCCUCUUUCCUGAGAAAUAUUUCAGUGAUAAAUCUGUUCCAGCCUUAGAGAUGAAGAUCAAGAAGCUAAUGCCAAUGGAUGCAGAGUCACGUAGACUUAUUGAUUGGAUGGAAAAAGGUGUUUAUGAUGCAUUACAGAAGAAAUAUCUGAAAACACUUCUGUUCUGUGUGUGCGAAGCAGUUGAUGGACCAAUGAUUGAGGAAUAUGCAUGUAAGAAGAUCUCUUUCAGUUAUUCAAGUUCCGACUCUGAAGAAGUGUCAAUGAAUGUCAAUCGUAUUGGGAUGAAGAAAGGGGGAACAUUCAAGUGUAACUCAAACACUGAAAUAACACCCAAUCAAAUGAGGAGUUCUGCUUGUAAAAUGGUUCGUACACUGAUUCAGUUGAUGAGAACUCUUGAUAAGAUGCCAGAAGAGCGAACUAUACUGAUGAAGCUUCUUUAUCAUGAUGAUAUCACGCCUGCUGAUUAUGAACCUCCUUUCUUUAGAGGCUGCACUGACGAGGAGGCUCUAAAUCCAUGGAUGAAAAAUCCUCUGAAAUUGGAGGUCGGAAAUGUCAACAGCAAGCAUUUCGUGUUGGCUCUGAAGGUUAAGAGCGUGCUUGAUCCUUGUGAGGAUGAGAAUGAUGGCAAUCAAGAUGAUGUUAUGAGCUUGGGAGCUGAUUCUGUCGAGAAAGAUGACAGUGCAUCUGAUAGUGAGCUCAGUGACUCUGACGAAGAUCAAUAUAUAGUUGCACCAGUUGAUAAGCAAGAUGUUCAGGAUGAAGAUGAUACUCAAGAUCCUAAUGAAGAUGAACAACAAUUCAGCCGGGUUAAGGACUGGAUCAACACAUAUCACCUUGACAGAGUUGAAAUGACAGACGUUCUCUCAAAUUUCCCAGACAUCUCAGUGGCCUUGGUUGAAGAUAUCUCAGAAAAGCUUGUUAAAGAAGGAAUUCUUUUAAGUGCUGGCACAGACACUUACAUCAUUAAUAAGCAAAAGAAAUUCGACUAUGAGUUUGAUGUUGUGAAAGAAGAAAUAGAGGGCCAACAAAAUCAAAAUGGCAACGGAUCUCAGCGUGGCAAGGGUGAAGAUUACAUGUACAUGAAGGCUUUGUUUCAUGCUCUUCCAAUGAACUAUGUAAGUGUUGCCAAGCUCCAACGUAAACUAGAAGGAGAAGCCAACCAAACUGUGGUGAAGAAGCUCAUUGAUAAAAUGACACAAGAUGGAUUCGUUGAGGCUAAGAGCUACCGCAGACUAGGGAAGCGUGUUAUCCAGUCUGACCUAACUGAAGAAAAGCUGGCUGAAGUUAAGAAGGUCUUAGCAAAAGACAAUAUGGAUGUCAACAUGCAUGAAUCAGCCAACAACUUUAGAGAUCUAUCCACUUGUGGUGCUCUCCACUCUAUUGGAUCAGAUCUCACACGUACUAGAGGAAAAGCUGAUGCAUACCGGAAUGGAUCUGUCAUGAGUGAUCAGACUGUCUCCAAGAGAAAGGAGCAUGAAAACACACCAUCAAGCAAAGCUGAGCCUGUAGCUUCUCGGGAGAGUUUUAUUCCUGGCAAGGAGAAUGGAAGAAUUAAUGGAAAACCAAACCAACCUGAUGAGUACGAAAUUGUCUGUAGCAGGUCCAGUCAGGACAAACGUCGUAGGAAAGCAAGCAUGGUAAAAGAACCUAUUUUUCAGUAUGCAACACGCCAAAAUUCUCAAGUUGUUUGAUGGUUCCUUAUGCUCUGGUGGUGAAAAACAUGGGUACUUACUUACUAUAGUAGUAUUAUUUUUUGGUAACUUACUAGUAGUUGUACGUGAAAGCAAUAAUCAUAUUUUGAUAGUGAAGGACAUCAAAGAGUGUGUAUGAGCUUCAAUUCCCCAGAGGGAUUGAAGUUCGAAAAGGGUGCAGUAUAAUCCUGUAGAAUUUCAUGGAAACUUAGCCAGAGUGAAGUUCGAAAAGGAUGUUAGUACAAAUUUUGCUGAUAUGACAACGAAAAGACCUUUAGUAUAAAAAUUCUACUACAUUUUACAGAAAAUAGCUUCCUAUUGUAGACUUC